AUGCUGCCUCCUCCGGCCUUGCGCUCACAUGAGGGUAUCGCCGGUCGAUUGCUGGUCCAUCGCCAGAGAGCUGUCGCCUUUCACCAGACCCUGAGAAAGCUGCAGCCAAGCCUCGACACUGCUGCUCCCGAUAAGUCAGCUAAUGAUGAGCGUCUAGCAGAGUAUGUCCCGGCUCAAACUGGCAUCUUGUCGGUUGUUCCCAAGUCAUGGGUCCCCUAUGGCGAACUCAUCCGCAUCGACAAACCCGCCGGGACCUACUACCUCUUCUUCCCAUGCCUCUUCUCUACGCUCCUAGCGGCGCCAAUGGCAGAGCCCAUGGCCUCCUUCUCCUCAGUCGCCGCCACGUCGGCUCUGUUCUUCAGCGGCGCAUUGAUCAUGCGCGGCGCCGGCUGCACCAUUAAUGACCUCUGGGACAGAAACCUCGAUCCCCAAGUCCGGAGAACCCGAUUGCGGCCGAUUGCGCGGGGUGCUAUCACGCCGUUCCAAGGAGUCGUCUUCACAGGAUUCCAGCUGCUUGCCGGGCUGGCUGUCUUGGUUCAGUUUCCAUUGCCAUGCCUGGCCUAUGGCAUACCAAGCCUCGCCCUGGUCACCACAUAUCCCCUGGCAAAGCGGGUUACCUACUAUCCUCAAGCCGUCUUGGGGCUAGCCUUCUCCUGGGGUGCAAUCAUGGGUUUUCCAGCACUCGGCAUCGAUUUGCUUUCCAAUUCUUCUGCGCUCAUAGCCGCAGCAUGUCUCUAUACCUCGAACAUCGCCUGGGUUGUCCUAUACGACAUGAUAUACGCUCAUAUGGACAUCAAAGAUGACGCAAACGCGGGCAUCAAGAGCAUUGCGCUGAAGCACGAGAACCAGACCAAGCAGGUCCUGACUGGGCUUGCUAUUGCUCAAGUAGCUUUGCUGGGCUCAGCCGGGGUGGCUGCGGGAGCUGGUCCCAUCUUCUUCCUCGGCAGCUGCGGCGGAGCCCUCGUAACGCUGGGCAUCAUGAUCAAGCGGGUGAAUCUCAAGAGCGUGAGGGAUUGCUGGUGGUGGUUUGUCAACGGCUGCUGGAUCACAGGGGGGGUCAUUAGUAUUGGUAUGGCUGCCGAUUACGUCGCUCGCUCUCUCAACCAGCCUGAGCUCGAGUCCGCAGCGGAGGAAGACGCAAAGCUCCAUGCCUGA